CUCUCUGUCGCCGCCUUCAAUGAGACCUUCAUUCAUUCUGCUCUGUGGCUCAGCCAGUCGCACACCAAAGCCACCGCUUUCUCUUCCGCCGCCGGCCGCCGUCGAGAGGUCCGCUCCUUUCCCGACGAUUGGUUAGAUUUUCAGGUUACUCUUGCUUGUUCCUCUUGAAAGCUUUUUCUUUUCAUAAUUCGCCUGUGAAGCUUGUCGUGGAGUUUCUUUCUACCAAAAGAUGGGUUCUUUAUUCCAGAUCCUCAUUCUUUCUAUCAAUCUUCUAGUUAAUCUAGGCACUGGGUUUGUGUGAAUCCAUGGGGGGUAUUUGGAUUGGCUGCAGAUAUUGACUUGGAGAGGAUACGAAUUGUAGUAGCUCUAGCUUAAUUUGCAGGUUGACCAACUCCAUAGCCAAGCUGAAUCUAGGUUUUGUGCGGUUAUGAAUUGGUUGCAGUGUUUGCUCCCAGGGAGAAAAUGAGUUCAAGAACGCUUCAAGCUGCAAAGGUGUAUCGCGACCUUCUGAGAUCCAUCCGAAAGAACAUUGGGAAGGAAGGGUACAAGAGUCACUUUUCGGAAUUUGUGGCACAAGAGUUCAGAAACAGCUCUAAUCGUUCAACAGAUCAAUCCUGUAUUCAGCAGAAGAUGAAGCUUGCCCGAGAUUACACUUGCCUACUCAACAGUGUCCACCAUCACAAGGAUCUGCUGAUUUCGUACAACAUCGCGGUGGAUAGAACAAAUGAGAUGAAGAAAGUCCUAGGGAAGUCUGCAGCUAGUGUCGGCCUUCAGCUUCCUGAGGUGUACCAGGCUUAGAUUGCCUGCCUUCUCCUCCUUCUCUUGUCAUUUGCUUCUCAAGAAUCUGGGUUCUCCCUCUGAUAGUGAACACACAGUUUUACAAUGUGAACCAAUCAAUAUAAUGUCCAGUCUUGUUUUGUUUGUUCAUCAGGAAUAAUAUUGUGCAAUGUGAAUUAUGAUCAUGUAUUCUGAUUAGCUCCUGCAAUUAGUUACUGCAAAUUUACCAGUUUUUUUUUUCACCUGGAGAAAAAAAAAAAAAAAAAAAGAUAGCAUCUUCACUGGACUUCAGUGUCUCUCAAGUUUCACCCCUUUUGGUAGUUCCUGUUGUGGCUGUUCAUCCGUCCGUCAACGGACUAGUGAAGCCGAGACUGGUGGGUUGGUUUUCUGAUGAAACAAAAUCCAAACGCCAUCCGGAUUUACGGAUGAGGACAACCUUAACCCACCGCUGGGGUUCAUGGAUUCCUUGUCUUGUUAGUUUUAUGAGUGUUCUACUAGAUAAAACUUCGCGUUGAGAACAUCACACGUGGCCAACAAAUCGCACAGACGUGGCAGCUGCGGAAACUGCCACUGCGACACCUUUCCACCGUCCCUUCUUCAUUCCUUUGAACACCUGCCCUGGAUCAUUCUUUGCCUCUAUUCCUUUCUAUACGCCAACAAGUGCAAAUUUAGCUGCCUCCUGAAGGAAGAGAAAGAGUUGCGGGGGGAAAAUGGGUUCAGAGACAUUCCUAGAGGUGAUAUUGGCUAUUCUCUUGCCACCGGUUGGUGUGUUUCUUCGAUAUGGCUGUGGGGUAAGUUGCUGAUCAUUCAAAUCCAAUCCCCUCCCUUUUGUUCCUUUCCUUUUCCUAAUAGAUUGAAGGGCAAAACAUAAAUGGCAGGUGGAAUUCUGGAUAGCCUUGUUGUUGACACUGCUUGGAUACAUUCCUGGUAUAGUAUACGCCAUUUAUGUACUGGUGGGAUAGCAGCAGCAGCAGAAGAAGGCUUAAAGAGAAAGAGAUCUGUUGAGUUCUUGGCUUUUCUGCCGUCUUCUAUUUCCCCUGUAUGUUGUUUUGGUGCAACUUUGGAUGUUGU